AUGGCGAGCUCAUAUAACGCCGGGUCUCUCAAACGGCCGCACCAGCUCGAAGAUGAGGAAUCCUCCCAGAAGAGAUCGCGCUCCAACGAUGGAUCUCCAGUGCCGUCCCCUGCUCCCCCCAAGGUCGAUAUGGCGAAGGCGAUUGCGGAAGCAAAAGCAAAGGCAGAGGCUGUUCGCGCAAGACUGAAUGCUCAAGGCGGAGGGGGAAUGGCUACACGGCCAUUACCAGGCUCCUCAGCUUCUCAAUCAACCGGGACCUCGCCGGCUCUCUCCAGGCUCGAGCAAAUGAAAGCAAGAGUCGCAGCGGCUACUGGGAAGAUUAAUGCCUCCGCUGCCAAAGCACCCCAGCAGUCUCCGAGCUUUGCUCCUCCUCCUCCUCCUCCAGCCAACGAUGACAGCAUGAUGAGGGCAAGAGGUGGCUUGGAUGUGGGCUUACAUCCCGCGCUCCUAGGGGACAGCGGACAAGACAGUCGAGCUACAAAAGGGAAGCAAGCUAUGCAGCCUAAAUUUGCGACUACCAUGGCGAACUUUCGAUCAGAGUCCUCUACACCGUCCAGUCGGGGGAAAACACCGCUUGAUUUAUCCGGCCCAUCCAUAGAAGAAACUAGGAGUAACCCUUAUUUCGACCCUAGCUUCGGCUCCAAGUCUGUAGCAGCACGACCCCGUCAUACACGCCAGCUGAUUUUCAACCAAAAGGGAAAAUAUAUCCAGCAAGCUGCUGCUUUGAGGAGGCAGGCUCAGUUAGAAGCCAUGAAAAAACGAAUAGCAGAGCGAGCACGGCAGGCUGGCAUAGAUGAAGAUCUUGAUGUUGAAAAAUCGUACCUUGUAUCUGCGCCUCCAGCUAUUGAAUGGUGGGACGAGGGACUGGUAAAUGGAACAGAUUACGCAGCAAUUGAGGACCCCAAAAACUUGAAGGUUGAUACCCCAGAUUCAGUUAUAACAAUAUAUAUUCAACAUCCUGUUCUCCUCGAACCUCCGCAGGACAAGAAUAUACCUGCGCCAAAACCCAUGUAUCUCACCCCAAAAGAGCAAGCAAAGAUCCGUCGACAACGGCGUAUGGCAGACCUCAAGGAGCAGCAGGCAAAGAUUCGUCUUGGAUUAGAGCCUGUCCCUGCCCCCAAGGUCAAAAAGUCGAACCUCAUGCGGGUACUUGGUGAAGAUGCGGUCAAGGAUCCUACUGCUGUCGAAGCCAGGGUCAACCGUGAAAUCGCUGAGCGCGCGCAAAAACACCAGGAUGCCAACGAGGCCCGCAAACUCACUAAAGAACAACGUCACGAGAAAUUGGCGUCAAAGCAGGAACUAGACGCUGCUAAGGGUGUAUGCGUAUCAGUUUACCGUAUCGACAGUCUGGCCAAUGGCCGCCACCGAUUCAAAAUAAAUAAGAAUGCAGAGCAGCAUGCUCUCACCGGUAUUUGCAUCAUGCAUCCCAAGAUCAACAUUGUGAUCGUGGAGGGAGGUGCUCACUCCAUCAACGCGUAUAAAAAACUCAUGUUAAACCGCAUUGACUGGACUGAAAAUUCGGGUGUCAAUGCGGUGAGAGAAGGCAACCGCGAGGCAUUGACAUCUUGGUUGGCCGCAGAGAAUGAGAAAGGAGAGCUCAAAGACCUAAGCCUUAAUACUUGUACGCUAGUUUGGGAGGGAGAGGAGAAGAAUAGAGCAUUUAGAAAAUGGGUUGGGGCCCGAGUGUGCGAGACCGAUGGCGCUGCAAAGGACCAGCUAGCAAGGGCGAAGAUGGAGAAUUUCUGGGCUCUGGCAAAGAGUAUAAAACCUGGAGCAUCAUAG